CCUCUGACAGCCGCCGCUCCCUCCCUGCACAAACACGGAAGCAGCAUGGCGUCCAACAGCAGCUCCGAUAGGCAGCGAAUUGCACAGCAAAGACUGAGGAUAAUUGCCGGGCAUUUACAGAAACCCGUGGACAGCGAUUCGGCCGUGGGAGCUGUUGAAUGCAAAGCGGAGGAGAACAAGACAAAUGUGUCAUCUACGGCGAAGAGGGUGCCGAGGAGGAGGCAGGAGAUUAUGAAAUGGAAUGGCUGGGGGUACAGUGACUCUAGAUUCCUCUUCAACAAAAAAGGUCAAGCAGAAUUCACUGGGAAAAGGUAUAGGCUAAGUGGCAUGAUCCUCCCUAGUCUGAAAGACUGGUUUGAAGGCACUUUCGGAGCCAGCCUGCAGCAUAAAUCUCCAGCAACACCGGUUCUGAACAGCAAUGCUGUCCAGCCUCCCACUCUUAACGAGGCCUUCGUGGAGGAUCUGAAAUCUGUGGGUAUUCCCUUCUCUCAUGAUGCGGAAGACCGGGUGUUCCGUGCUCAUGGGCAUUGCUUACAUGAAAUUUUUGCUUUGCGAGAAGGGAAGGUCGGGCGUGUUCCAGAUCUGGUGGUAUGGCCAAACUGCCACAAUGAUGUAGUGAAAAUAGUGGAGCUGGCAUGCAAGCACAGUGUUUGUUUGAUACCAUAUGGAGGAGGUACCAGUGUCUCCAGUGCCCUAGAGUGCCCCCCAGAGGAAACUCGCUCCAUCGUCUCCCUGGACACCUCACAGAUGAACCGCAUACUGUGGAUUGACGAGAAAAAUUUAACUGCCCAUGUGGAAGCUGGCAUCAUCGGUCAGGAUUUGGAGAGAUUACUCAAUGAGAAUGGCUACUGUACCGGACAUGAGCCAGACUCCAUGGAGUUCAGCUCCCUGGGGGGCUGGGUGGCCACCAGAGCAUCAGGCAUGAAGAAGAACAUCUAUGGCAACAUCGAGGACCUGGUCGUCCACAUAAAGAUGGUGACCCCGAGAGGAGUGAUUGAAAAGAGCUGUCUGGGUCCACGCAUGUCCACCGGGCCAGACAUUCACCACUUCAUCAUGGGCUCAGAAGGAACCCUUGGUGUGGUGACUGAGGUAACAAUGAAGAUCCGUCCCAUGCCAGAGUAUCAGAAGUAUGGGUCAGUGGUGUUUCCCAACUUUGAGCAGGGAGUUGCCUGCUUACGAGAGGUUGCCAGACAGAGAUGUGCGCCAGCAUCUAUACGACUGAUGGAUAAUGAACAGUUUCAGUUCGGUCAUGCCCUGAAGCCUCAAGUGUCUUCAAUUUUCACAUCCUUCUUGGAUGGGUUGAAGAAAUUUUACAUCACCAAGUUUAAAGGGUUCGACCCCCACCACUUGUGCGUGGCCACCCUGCUGUUUGAGGGAAACCGUGAGAAGGUGCUCCAGCAUGAGAAGCAGGUUUAUGACAUCGCUGCUAAAUUUGGGGGCCUGGCAGCUGGAGAGGACAAUGGGCAGAGGGGCUACAUGCUGACCUUCGUCAUCGCUUACCUCCGGGACUUGGGGAUGGACUACUAUGUGAUCGGGGAGUCGUUUGAAACCUCCGUGCCUUGGGACAGGGUCUUGGAUAUUUGCCGGAAUGUCAAAGAGCGCAUCAUCAGAGAGUGUAAAGAGAGAGGAGUGCAGUUUCCACCAUUAUCCACAUGCAGGGUGACUCAGACGUACGAUGCUGGUGCCUGUGUCUACUUUUACUUUGCCUUCAACUACAGGGGACUCAGUGAUCCAGUGCACGUGUAUGAACGAGUGGAGCAUGCAGCUAGAGAAGAGAUCCUUGCCAAUGGAGGAAGCUUGUCACAUCACCAUGGAGUGGGGAAACUUCGAAAGGAGUGGAUGAGAGAGACCCUCUCCAACGUGGGCAUGGGGAUGCUUAAGUCUGUCAAGGAUUAUGUGGAUCCCAAUAACAUCUUUGGCAACAGGAAUCUCCUGUAAUUUCCUGGUCUUUUCCAUCUCUCUCUCACCUUUUCUAAAAGCAUCUCCUGAGCGUUUGGAUUAAUGGUUACUAAAUGUGAAUUUAAAUGGACAGAGAUAUUGUCUUUUUUGUCAAAGUGUCAUUUGGUGCCAUUUAUUGAUUCACCCAAAUCUACCACCUUUCUUUUGCAUAACAUUGCACUUAAUAAGCUGUUAAAAAAAAAGAAAAAUCAGUGUCAUUCUUUUUGAAGCUCAUCUUUGCCAUUGCGCCAUGGCCUCAGUUUGUCAUCAGAGGUGAAACGGUCGGGAUACAGAGGUUUAGAUGGAUCCUUGUCUGGUCAAUGUUUACUGUAGAACAUUUCUGUCUCUAUGUGUAAACGUGCUGCGGUCAUGGCCUCACACACUGGAUGGACAUGAUGCAACAUAAGCUUGAUAUUGUCACAUGUGCUCACAGUUAACAGUUUCCUAAAAAUCCUUGCCAACUUGAUUACCUUUUUUUGUGUGUGGAAUCAUUGUUGUCAUCGUUGUUUGAUCUGUGUAUGGCACUACUUUAGCGGUAAGUUCUAGAUGAAUGCGCUUUCUAAAGCUCCGUGCCUUUCUAAAGCUACUCCUGCCUUUCCCUUCUCCAACACCCUCCAUUGGUGUACAAGGAGCCUCUGUGAACCGAUAUUGUUUUGUAUGUCAUGUUUCCCCUGUCCUCUCUUACUCAUCUGUCUCCAGUUGAUCUUUGUUUUCAUGCCUCUUGUUUUCCUGACUUAUUGCCACAAGAGAUGUGUGUUUUUUCUGGACUGUAUGUGUGUGCCUCUUCUCAAAAGGGUACCCUUUGGUACCAAAAUUCUCCCACCCCCUCCCAAACCUUGAUAAAAAUCUGUCCAAGUAGGAAGAAAGCGGUUACAAGUAGACACUACUGUGUAUAGUUUUUGUAUUGAAAGCUUUUACCUUGCAUGGUUUGAUACAAAGAAAGUUUAGCGGACGAAAGCCAUUGUGUUUAGAUCCUGCCUGCUUAAUUGUGACCAUGUUUGCAAAGGCCUCUGGAUGCCGGUGCUCAUGUUGUACCAAAGACUCAAUACAACCUAUUCAUCAAACCAUGCAGACAUACUCUAUCUAUACAUUUGUAUAUGCCCUCUAUAGAAGUACCAUCUUCACACACACAUUCAAUAAUACAUGCACCGCUAAAUUGUAUUUUUUUAAAUCAACAUAUGCAACAAUACCCUCUUGUGAUCUGUAAAAUAUAUUGAUAUUUGUGACUGUUACUGUAACUAUUACAUGUACUAAAACUUUCUAUUUAACAUGAUUAGAUCAUGCUACUUAUUUUUCAGGCACUAUCAAAUUCUUUUACCUGCAUUUAAUCGAUGUUGCCCAGAAAUUGCUCAGUUCAAAGAAAAAAAUGUUUCCCUUGUUAAUGUAUAUCUGUAUUGUGUAUGUUUUUUGAAAAAAAAAAAAAAAA